GUGACGUUCAUAUGUUGUCAAUAUUCAGUGUUUUAUCAUUCAUAGUUAAUAUUGUAAAUCCCACAUUCUUUAUUUUCAUGUACAUUCUGGGUGUCUCAUUCAGUAAAAAAAUGUAAAAUUCCAUUCCGUUUUUUAAGGCGGUCUGUCAUAACGUUUUUAGCAUUCAAUCAGACAUUAUUGUGAGGUUUCGUAUUAGUGUUCCUAAAAAUAGAUAUACCGGCCCACAGACACAUUUUUUUCUCUAAAUUUGGCCCCCGAGUCAAAAUAAUUGCACAGGCCUGAUUUAUGGUAAAAAAAAGAAGAAAAAAAAGAAUCAUUUCUAGCCUUUGUGUUGUUAACCUGAUGGUGGGAAAAGUCUUGAAUUUUGGUAAUUAAAUCACACAGUAACAAAUAAAGGAAACGUUUGAUUUCCUGCACUAUUAUAUCAUUUUUUUAAAAAAAUCAAUAUUUAUACUCUUAUUUUUUAACACAUUCUUUUGCUUGUCAUUUAAAAGCCCCGCCCACCCACCGGUGAGUUCCAGUCUCAACUCGGUUAGCGCAUGCUAACUUCAUAAUGUGAAUGUCCCACGUUUGGUGCAAUUUACCCUAAUCUGGGGAUGUUGUGACGAGUAUUCUGGACAUCUUUUGCAAUUUGUUUAAUGAACAAUGAAGGCUGCAAAGAAGACAGUUGUAGGUGGGAUCGGUGUAUUAGCAGCGGACUACAGCAACACAACCAGGAGGACUUUGUUGGAGCUCUAGCCGUGCUAGCCGCCGACCUCACCUUGACUUCCUACGUCUCCGGGCCGCCAAACGCAUCGGGUGAAGUCCUUCGUCCUUCUGCCGAUCGCUGGAACGCAGGCAAUUUGCUAGAAACACUGAAGACGCAACUUUGCUUCCACGAUGAGGGAAAUCGUGCACAUCCAAGUCGGCCAGUGUGGAAACCAGAUGGGUUCUAAGUUCUGGGAAGUGAUCAGCGACGAACACGGCAUUGAUCCAUCUGGGGCUUACCAUGGCGAUGAUGAGCUGCAGCUGCGCAGGAUCAACGUCUACUUCAACGAGGCAACAGGGGGCAAAUAUGUUCCCCGUGCCAUUCUUGUGGACUUGGAACCAAGUACCAUGGACUGCGUAAGGUCUGGACCUUUGGGUAAAAUUUUCAGACCUGACAAUUUUGUGUUUGGUAAGGGUGGUGCUGCUAACAACUGGGCCAAAGGUCACUACACUGAUGGUGCUGACAUGGUUGAAUCUGUUGUGGAGGUGGUGCGUAAAGAGUCAGAAAGCUGUGACUGUCUGCAGGGCUUCCAACUCACACACUCGCUUGGUGGUGGAACCGGCUCUGGUAUGGGAACCCUACUUAUCUACAAGAUUCGUGAGGAGUUUCCUGAUCGUAUCAUAAAUACCUUCAGUGUGAUGCCCUCGCCCAAGGUGUCAGAUACGGUCGUAGAACCUUACAACUCCACUCUGUCAGUCCAUCAGCUUGUUGAAAACACAGAUCAAACGUACUGCAUCGACAAUGAAGCUCUAUACCACAUCUGCUUCCGCACUCUCAAGCUGAGCACACCCACCUACGGAGACCUGAACCACCUCGUAUCGUUCACCAUGAGCGGGGUCACUACCUGCCUGCGCUUCCCCGGCCAGCUCAACGCCGACCUCCGCAAACUGGCAGUCAACAUGGUGCCUUUCCCCCGCAUGCAUUUUUUCAUGCCGGGCUUCGCCCCUCUGACCAGCAGGGGCAGCCAGCAGUAUCGAGCCCUCUCGGUUCGCGACAUCACCAAACAAGUGUUCGACUCCAGAAACAUGAUGGUCGCGUGCGACCCCAGCCAAGGACGCUAUCUGGCGGUUACCACAGUGUUCCGUGGCCGCUUAUCCAUGAAGGAGGUUGAUGAGCAAAUGCUCACAAUCCAAGACAAGAACAGCAGUUACUUUGUGGAGUGGAUCCCCAACAACAUCAGCACUGCCGUUUGUGACAUCCCGCCCCGCGGACUCAAGAUGUCCGUCACUUUCAUCGGCAACAGUACGGCCAUACAGGAGCUGUUCAAGCGCAUCUCUGAGCAGUUCACAGCCAUGUUCCGCCGCAAGGCCUUCUUGCAUUGGUACACAGAUCAGGGUAUGGAUGAGAUGGAAUUUACUGAAGCCGACAACAACAUUAACGAUUUAGUAUCCGAGUACCAACAGUACCAGGAUGCCAAAGCAGACGAUGAGGGUGAAUUUGAGGAAGAGGCUGAAGAGGGUGCUUGAAUUCAACAAUGUAUCGGAAUUUUUAUUUUAUAUUCUAAUUUUAUAAAUAGGUAGACAACCGACCUCUGUUAUCGCCAAACCAAGCCAGAUGGUGCCACAUUCCGUCCUCCUUGCUUAGCGGCAUAUAGAAUAGGAGAAUGCUGAACAUCAAAGAAGGCAGAGCCAUUUGCAAACUUUUAUUCCUAGAAAUAAACAUUU